CGGUCCAACAACACCUCCCUUCUUGAGAAGAAUUCGGGACCGACUGUUAGUUGACAAAACCCCAAAUCUUCCAACGCCGCCGCCGUGAAGCUCGCCGACGCCAAAUUCGGUGAAAUCCCAAUCGGAACCCUAGCAAAAUGUCAUACAGUGACACGAUCCCGCUCCACCCGAGCUCCCAAUCCGAUAUCGACGAGAUCGAGAACCUCAUCAAUUCCGAUCCAUCGCCGGUCCUUCCCGCCCGUCCUCCUUCCCCUUCACGAGCUUCAAUCCCCGUCUCCUCCGCUCCCCCACCCCCCUCCGCCUACGUUCCUUCCAGUCUCCCGCCGCCAACCGCACCAAAACCCACUCCCACGCUCGCUUUUGCACCGACUGUUCCUGCCGUCGCCGAUCCUGCACCCCCUGCGCGCGGAUCCACUAGCACCAGCGGCAGUAUUGCCGGAUCCGCGUUCGGACCAGCGUCUAAUACUCUGACGGAGCCGGUUUGGGACACCGUUAAGCGAGAUUUGUCGAGGAUCGUGAGCAAUUUGAAGCUGGUUGUUUUCCCCAAUCCGUACAGGGAGGAUCCGGGUAAGGCAUUGAGGGAUUGGGAUCUUUGGGGGCCUUUUUUCUUCAUUGUUUUCCUUGGUCUCACUCUCUCCUGGUCUGCUUCUGUUAAGAAGUCUGAAGUUUUCGCCGUUGCAUUUGCGCUGCUCGCGGCUGGUGCUAUAAUUCUGACGAUGAACGUAUUACUGCUGGGCGGCCACAUCAUCUUCUUCCAAAGCCUGAGCCUCCUCGGGUACUGUCUAUUCCCACUGGACGUCGGAGCCUUGGUGAGCAUGGUAUUAGGCGGCGUAAUAGUCAAAGUAGCAGUGGUUGCCGUGACAUUGGCAUGGAGCUCGUGGGCUGCGUAUCCUUUCAUGAGCACAGCUGUCAACCCGAGAAGGAAAGCUCUCGCUCUCUACCCCGUCUUCCUCAUGUACGUCUCCGUCGGAUUCCUCAUCAUCGCUAUCGACUGAUUUUUGACUUUCGACUCCAAAAAUCUCCCCCUUGGAUUCUAUCUUGAUCUCUCCACAAAAUUCACGAGUCGAUUACUUGGACAGCUGUGAGAAUUAUAAUAGUGUAUAGAUGUGGAUUGUGCAGUGACAAAUUUUCAUAUAAAUCAUAAACCUCAAUUAUUAUUGUUGUUAUUGUUAUUAUUAUUACUUUGUGGAAACUUUUUGCAUUCUUUUGAGUGCGGACAGAAUUUAAGAAGACAGUUGUUUGGUU